AUGUGGGACGUGGUGCAGGAGUUGUAUUUCGUGCUCGUCGAGCCGAUUCUGCUCUACUUUGGCCUUGCGUCGCUUGGGUUUGGUGAUCCGACGUAUGGCCGCGAAAAUCUCCCGUACUCGCCGCAGGAGCGCGCCGCCGUUUACGAGAACCCAGAGGUGAAGGUGACGCGCCGCCGUGUCUACUUGCACCAGGGCAAGCCGGUGCUCGAUGUGUCGAUUCCUGAUAAUGUGCGCGUGCUUCCAUGUGUGCUGUCUGGAAAGCGUGUCACUGCAUGGAUCAACUACUACAUCUGGGAGAUGCCCAAUGCGCCGGGCCGCGACAAGGUGAACGCGGACGUGUAUCUCGUGCACGGCAUCAACGACUACUCGGGCAAAGUCUCGCCGCAAGGUGUCGGUUUUAUGCUCUCUGGCUUCCGCGUGAUUGCGCUCGAUAUGCCGAGCUUUGGACGCUCCUCGGGUCUGCAUUCGUACCUGUACACCAUGCGCUGGAAUGUGGACGCGCUGGACGCGGUCAUGUACCACGUCCGUACCUUUGAUGAGGCGGAGAACCUGCCGAAUCUCGCGACUCGCAAGCGCUUUGCGCAGGGCAGCUCUAUGGGCGGAUUCACCGUGCUAUACCAUUGUGCGUUGCAUCCCCCUGUUGCGACCAAGGCACAGGGCGGCCCCGAGACGCACGACCGUCUUGCGCUGGACGGUAUCGCGGUGAGUGCACCCAUGCUCCGCAUCGCACCCGAGUCGCGCCCGAACAUGUUUGUCGAGAUGGUCGGCCGCCUGAUCUCGCUCGUCGCCGGCCGCCUGCCGCUAGCCCGCGCGAUCAAGGGCAACGUGUCGGACGACCCCAAGGUCGAGUUCUACGCGCGCCAGGAUCCCCAGGUCUACCAUGGACUGGUCCGCGUCGAUACCGGCCUGGCUAUCAUUGCCGGCAUUGACCACCUGAACGAGAUCGUGUCUCGGAUCCGGUGCCCGGUCGCGAUCCACCACGGCUCGCACGACCGUGUGACGAGUCCCGAAGGCUCGCGCGUCUUUUUCGACAAGCUCGACGUGCAGCCGAAGAAGCUGCGCAUCUGGCCUGGCAUCGAGCAUGCCAUGCUCAAGAGCACGCCAGAGAUGAGCGUCAAGGACUUGGAGCGUCGCAACGCGCUCGUCGAAGACAUGGCCUCGUGGUUCAUCGACCUUACGCAGCAUGCAUAG